CCGCCUGGAUGCGCGGGCGCCUAUUUAUGCGCCGGCCCGCCCGAGGUGAGCGCCGCACUCGGGCACCCCACACCAACGAGCUAGCCUUGGCGUGCGUCGCGGCCGGAGCCAGCAGCGCCGUGCAACGCUGCCCGGAAUCACCAGCGUCGCCGGAGGGGCGCACUGCCGGACGGAAGCAGCGGCGGCGGCGGCGGAGAUGGGGCGCGUCCCGUGCUGCGAGAAGGACAACGUGAAGCGCGGGCAGUGGACUCCUGAGGAGGACAACAAGCUGCUCUCCUACAUCACGCAGUACGGCACACGCAACUGGCGCCUCAUCCCCAAGAAUGCCGGGCUGCAGCGGUGCGGCAAGAGCUGCCGGCUCCGGUGGACCAACUACCUGCGGCCCGACCUGAAGCACGGCGAGUUCACGGACGCCGAGGAGCAGACCAUCAUCAAGCUGCACUCGGUCGUCGGCAACCGGUGGUCGGUGAUCGCGGCGCAGCUGCCGGGGCGCACGGACAACGACGUCAAGAACCACUGGAACACCAAGCUCAAGAAGAAGCUGUCCGGGAUGGGCAUCGACCCCGUCACCCACAAGUCCUUCUCCCACCUCAUGGCCGAGAUCGCCACCACGCUCGCGCCGCCGCAGGUCGCGCACCUCGCCGAGGCCGCGCUGGGGUGCUUCAAGGACGAGAUGCUCCACCUCCUCACCAAGAAGCGCCCCACCGACUUCCCCUCGCCCGCCGUGCCCGCCAUGCCCGGGAUCGCCGCGCCCUGCGGCUUCCCCGCGCCGCCGCCGCAGCAGCAGCAGCAGCCCGACGACACCAUCGAGCGCAUCAAGAUGGGCCUGUCCCGCGCCAUCAUGAGCGACCCCGGCGCCACCGCCGACAAGCAGCAGCAGCAGCAGCAGCCGCCUUGGACGCCGGCCGACAUGCCCGAGGGGCUGGCGGGGAUGUUCGCCGCGUACAACCCCGCCGCGCACGGCCAGGAGGAGUUCCGGUGCGACAACGGGAUGGUCCUCGGCGGCGCCGGCCGCGAGCCGGACCGGGGCACAUCGAUGUGGAGCCACCAGAGCUUGUACAGCGGCAGCUCGGGCACCGAGCCGGCGGCCAGGUCGGCGCCGCCGGCAUUGCCGGAGAGAGGCAACGACAGCGUCGGCAGCAGCGGCGGCGACGAGGAGGCGGACGGCGGGAAGGGCGGCUCCGACAUGUCCAGCUUGUUCGGAUCCGACUGUGUACUCUGGGAUUUGCCUGACGAGCUUACAAAUCACAUGGUGUAACGAAAACGUGCAAAUAUCACGAUCGAAGAAGAGCUUUUUUAGGACAAAGACUGAAAAGAAGUAACAACCAAGCAAAAUAUGCUGAAAACAAGAAAGGGAGUUAAAAAAUUCAAAUAACUGAUAUGAAAAUCAUGUAUAUUUUGC